UCAAAACAGGGAAAAGCCGUGCUCCUUUGUGACAAGCAGACGGAUGGAAGUUUCCUUAUACAUCACUUCCUUUCUUUUUAUCUUAAGGGAGGUUGUAAGGUGUGCUUUCUUGGCCUGGUCCAGUCUUUUAAUCAUUACAGUCUUGUUGCCCAAAAGCUAGGUGUUCACCUACCUGCAGCCAGACAAAAAGGGCAACUGGUGUUUCUGGAAGGGCUCCGGUCUUCCCUUGAUGCCAUACUUGCUGAUGAACAGAACAGUAGGCCACCAACACUAUCCCCUUUCCAGUUUCUAAGCACACCUGAUGCGAGUCUUCAGAGCCUCUAUGAAUUUGUUCGUCUCUCACUAUCAGGUACCAGCGAAAGUACUUGGAAAUUUCCAGUACUGAUAAUAGAUGACCUCAGUGUCUUGCUCAGCCUGGGAGUGAACACUGGAAAUAUUUUGAAUUUCAUGCAUUACUGCAGAGCUACAGUAUGCUCAAAAUUUAUGGGAAAUGUGGUGAUGUUGGUGCAUAACACAGAGAAUUUGGAAGAUGAAGAAAAUAAUUUUGUUGUCAAAUCCCUGAGUCACCAGUGCCACCUAAUAUUGCAGGUAGAAGGAUUGACUACUGGCUACUGCAAGGAUAUCCACGGUCAGCUUAUGAUGACCUGCCGUUCCCCUUCACCUGUAAAGUCUGAAAGGAAUAUAACCAAAAUCUUCCAGUACAAAAUACAAGACAAAAACGUGAACUUUUUUGCCAGAGGAACCUCAUCAACUGUGCUCUAAGGAAUUCCAUUGGAACUGUUUCAUUGAGAAGUGGACAUGACUCUUACCCAGUUAACUUUUUGAAAUGCACAUGGAUUUAUCAUGCAGAACAAUUUCAAGAUCCCUGGCCUUCAAACAUGUAUUUGAUUUUAAAAUGUUUUCCUAAGCGUAUGGCAAUUGUAUGUGUCACAUUUGUAAGAUACAAUUUCUACAUCAGAUCACACUAUGUACUACCCACCAUAAAGUCUAUAUUUCUGUUUUUUUGUA